AAAACAUCUGCUUGUGCCGUCAUUGCUUGGAUCAACUCGGCCCGUGUCCCCAUAAAAUCAUUUGUUUCCCCCUUGGGUUUCCUCAAUCGUUCUUUGGGCCGAAGUUGAUGUUACGUUAGAUAUUGAGAGGGUUGUCUCAGGCGGAACAGGCCACCGAUCUUAGCGCUGCUCGUAUUGAUCGUUCACAGGGCAAUCAGGCAGGUGACAAGUGAUAUUGAAUACAGUAGUCUAGUAAAAAGCAAAUUACAACGUGAUUAUCUCGUGUUUGGGCGCGUCCCUGUCAGGGAUAGGACUCUCCCUUGAUGAAAUUCCUGAAUAAAAUCAUGACCGGCCAGCACAUGUGUUUCUGUCGAAAGAUGCUUCUCAAACUGCUUAGUUUUCCGACCUCUUGCGACGAGUUUCGAAGCUUCUCUUGUGCUUAACAUGCGUUGGUGUUCACGCAUCGCGGGUGUACUGCUGGGCUACAUCGCGGCCACCGCUUUUGCUGCCCCGAGUAGAAUUCUUGACGCGCGGCAGUCUGCCGACAUUCUUCCAAGCUAUGAUUAUGUCGUUGUCGGAUCAGGGCCGGGCGGAGGCCCGCUCGCGGCCCGACUCGCCAUCGCCGGCAAGAAGGUUCUGCUGAUCGAGCCCGGUGACGACCAGGGCACCUCGAUCCCUUACCAAGUACCAGCUCUCAGCUUGCAAUCGACAGAGUACGGCCCCAUGAAGUGGGACUACUUCGUCCAGCACCUGAGCGAUCCCGAGGAGCAGAAGAAGGACUCAAAGAUGACAUACCGCCUGCCAUCCGGCGAGCUGUAUGUUGGCCUCAACCCACCAACUGGCGCUGAGCCGCUUGGCAUUUUGUACCCUCGAGCGGGAACUCUCGGAGGCUGUGGAAGCCACAACGCGCUCAUCACGGUCUACCCCCACAGGUCGGACUGGGAUGGUAUCGCGACCCUGACCGGCGACAGCUCAUGGAGCGCCUCUAACAUGCGGAAGUACUUCCAGCGCCUCGAGAAUGCCAAAUAUCUUCCCAACAGUAUCAUCGGGCACGGGUUUAGCGGAUGGCUCACGACGAGCGUGACGGAUCUGGGACUCGUGUUACCGGAUAUCAAGCUUGUCACCGUCAUUGUGUCGGCCGCCUCAGCCAUGGGCAAGAAUAUCCUCGGCCAGAUCAUCUCCACGAUCAAAGGCCUCGGCGAUGUCUUUCUCCGCGACCUCAACGCUGACCUACCCGGCCGGGAUGCCGCUGAGGGCCUCUACCAGGUUCCCAUCACAGUCGACAGUGGCAUCCGCGUGGGCCCCCGGGACUUCGUCCUCGCGACCGCCAACGCCAAGAACGCGGAUGGCUCGAGGAAAUACCACCUCGAUCUGAAGCUCAACACGCUCGUGACCAAGGUCCGCUUCGACCAGAGCGGCCCGAAGCCCCGUGCCGUCGGCGUAGACUUCAUCACAGGCCAGAGCCUCUACCGUGCGGAUCCCCGAUCCGGCAACUCAGGGGAAGGGGCCGCCGGAUCCGUCAACGCCACAGCAGAAGUCAUCCUGUCGGCCGGUUCUUUCAACACCCCCCAGCUGCUCAAGCUUAGCGGUGUAGGCCCUAAGGAGGAGCUUUCCUCCUUUGACAUACCUGUCAUAGUCGAUCUGCCUGGCGUCGGUACCAACCUUCAAGACCGGUAUGAGACGAGUGUCAUUAGUGAGACACCGACAGACUUCCAGAUCACCCAAGGCUGUACCUUCGAUCGUCCCGGUUCGAAUGACCCUUGCCUGAAGAGAUGGCAGGAUGGCGCUGCCAGUGGGAACCGCGGAGUUUACGGCUCCAACGGCAUCAGUCUCGGCAUCGUCAAGAAGUCGUCAACUGGUGAGGGCGACCCGGACCUUUUUAUCGCCGGAGCACCCCUCGGCUUCUCAGGAUACUUCCCUGGAUACUCCGCCGCCAGCACGGCCGAUGCCCGCCACUGGACCUGGCUCGUCCUAAAAGCCCACUCCCGCAACAGCGCCGGGACCGUCAGACUACGCUCGGCUGAUCCCCGGGAUGUGCCGCAGAUUGACUUUAACUCGUUCCAGGACGCGGAUGCCGGGGCUAAAGACAUCCAGGCGGUGGUGGAUGGAAUGAAACUCGCGCGUAAGAUGAUGGACAGCGUCAUCCCCCUGAGCGGAGACUUCACAGAAGUGUGGCCGGGCAAGAACGUGACGGACGAGCUGCUACCCGAGUGGGUCAAGUACGAGGCUUGGGGACACCAUGCGAGCUGCACGUGCCCGAUUGGCAAGGACGGCGACGCCAUGGCUGUGCUGGACUCGAAGUUCCGGGUGCGAGGAACGGAGGGUCUGCGCGUGGUGGACGCGAGCGUCUUCCCCAAGAUCCCCGGGUACUUCAUUGCCGUGCCUGUAUACAUGGUGAGCGAGAAAGCAGCCGAUGUGAUUCUGGGGGUGUAACUGUUUUGCAUCUUGUACUUGGCAGUCUGUAUCAAUGAACAUCGAGCCUUAUGAUGAAAUGUAUUGACCCAUCAGCCCUAAUUCCGCCUCUUGAGUACCUCUAACAGAGGAACGUAAGUCCAUUUGUGAAGAGGAGGGCGAUAGAAAUAUUUGUCUUACCCGCCCCUUGUAACCACAUUCUCAUUACCCUGACAAGAUAAGGAACAUUCAGGAAAAGUGCAGGUCUGGAUGAGCGAAGCACAAAAGACCAAGACCGGAUACAUCGUAGUCACAC